AUGGAAACACAUGUUGAUAAUAUGCUUGAAAUAAUAGCUUUUCAUAAGAGUCAACAAAUAUUAUCUUCGUCAUCAACACCACAAAUGGUUUCACACCAACAGCAACAAAUAAAUAAUACAUCCAAUAAUGCUGAUCAAGAAACUAGUAAGAUUUUCGUCAGUUAACAAAAAUAAUAUGUUGAUCAUAGAACGUAGAAUAAUUUUCGUUUUUUUUUUGAGCGACACCUCGUUCGAAAGAUCAUUAAAAAGUGAAGAAAAGAAGGCUUUUACGAACAUUUUCUAAGUCUACUAGGUCGACUAAGAUUUUGAAAAUUUUUUAUUCAUCUAAUAGCUCAUCUCUACUUCGUCUCGAUAUUUUUUCCAAAUCUUUCCUUUCCGAGUAAUUCGAGUAAAUAUUAUGAAAAAACUAAAUUUUUUGUAAAAUAUAUUAUUCGAUUUAGUUUUAUCCGCUGCUUUCAAAUUUCCUAUUUAUUCUAUCAGAAUAGACUGUUAUGAUAAAAAUUACCAAAGAUAGAUACAAUUAUAGGAUAUUUCUAUGUUUUUUAUAUCAAUAUAAAUCAAACUCGAAUUAUCUCAAGAAAUAGAACGAAACGAAAAAGCUGAAUAGUUACAUUUGAAGUUAAGAGCCUAACAGUCCGAAAUAAUUUAUAAGUUUUCAUUGUUGAUGUUAUCAUAAAAACCUAGUGAAAUUUAUAAAUAUGUUCAUAAAUAUAUGCUUUGAUGUAUUCGCAAUAUAUUUCUAUUCGAGUGGAUAUUUUUUUCUAGAUAGUUCCAUUUAAAUUCAAUCAAAUUAAAUUCUCUACUCAUUUAAAUACUCACAACAAAUAUAAACUUUCCUUAUCAUUUUCCGAUAGUUUCUGUUAAAAUCUUAUAUUAAACUCUUUCUUUUUUAAAUGAGUUUUGGAGAUGACAUGCACUUUUUUCUGAAUAAUUUUUUUGUUGUAUCUUAUGCGAAAUAGGAAUGACUAGAAAAUGCAUUCUCUUUCACUUUAUCAUUGUCUUCGAGAGUGCCAACAUUUUUCAAGUUUUGAGAUUUUCGUGAACAAAUCUCUACUUGACAAUGUUUAGGAAAAUCAUUUUCUUUUUGCUCACCUUUUAUUGCUCUUAUUAAUGAAAUAUCCUCGAAAAAAAUUAUAGAAAAAUUUUUCGUUUUAUAAUAAAAAUACCUUUUUGUUGAAUUUUUAAGAAUUUUUCAUGGGGAGUUAAAAAAUUUAUCUUCUCAACAAUUAGAAUAGGUGAAAGGCUAAAAAGAAUAUAGUAUAACUAAUUUAAAGACAAUCAAAUAAGAAUAGUUUCACCAAGAAAAUAACUUGGUGCUUUUUGUCUGAAUUUGCUUAAAGUCUUUCUCAACUCUUCUGAUUGGAUCGAAACAACUCUACGAAGAAAAAUGCUUUAACAAUUUUAUGAACCUUUCUCAACGACAAUUCAACUAUUAGUUUGCACACUACCGCUAUUGAGUAGGAUUUCGAGUGGGAAAUGAACCUUUUUCGGAUAUAGAGUUAGAAGUUUCUCUAGUUUUGUAAUAGUAUCUACAGCUCAUAUAUGAUUGUAAAAAAAAAUAACCUUAUUAUAAUAGUAUAUGAAGAAGAAUUUUUAAAAUAUAAAAAAAGAAAAUCUUUUCUUGAUUAUAAGAUUCUUCAGAUUUUAAGAUCGAAGAUAGUUAAGAACAGAAACACUUUCACGGUUUAGUUACUCAUUAUAAAUAUAGAUAAAAGAAAUAAAAUCGAACUCUUCGAAAUAGUUCAACUAUUUCUAUCGUCAAUAUUUAACAAUUUAAUUGCACAAUCAUCAAUUAUAUCUUUUUUUUGUCUGUUAGAACUAUUCAACAUCUUACGUCAAUGGUUUGGUAUUCAUCAUCACAACAAAGAUAAACUCGACUAACAAC